UUGCAGACGAAGUGAUGCUCAAUUAUUUAAAACAUUAUUGUAUGAAGAGCAUCGUCGUGUUUGUCGGUACUAUUGCAGAGUUUGUCAGCGUUUAUUUUAUCGUGGCCGUCUCGUCUCGCGUCUCGAUCGGCAGAGAAGCGAGCGAGGUCGCGCGCUACCCGACUGCCGCCGCCAGUGAGACACAAACCGCUGAGCGAACGGAACGCCUUGCCGACUGUUCCCCGCUGACGCGCGUAUAUCACGAUAACAUAAAUUCUAUUCAAUAUUUUUUAAUAUCGAUUUAAUUACAAACAAAUAUUUUAUUCGGUAAUAAUAGACAUUAUAAAAAUAAAAUAAAUCGAAAUUAACUAAACAACUGCAACUUAAGGCGAUGUUUAUGUUUUUCGGGAAACAAAAAUAUGAACUGAGGAGAUCUUAACUGAGACUUUGAUUUGAGUAAUUGGAUAGUGAGAAACUUUGUAAGAUGAUGAUGGCUAGUGCUAAACUGGUGAGGGAGUGCAGCUCUGAGCUGAGCUCGGACGUGCGCUCGCUGUCCGUGGCGUCCUCCACCGAGGAGCAGGACUCCACCACCACCGACUCCGAGUACACCGAGGAGGAAAAGGAGUACGAGCUGGACGACCUGCAGAUAUUGAAAACCAUUGGUACUGGCACGUUUGGUCGCGUGUGCCUGUGUCGCGACAAAGCUGCUGAUGAGUAUCUGGCAAUGAAGAUAUUGUCCAUGGCUGACGUCAUCCGCCUAAAGCAAGUGGAUCACGUCAUGAACGAAAAGAACAUCCUCGCCGAGAUCAAUCAUCCCUUCAUAGUGAACCUGCGAUGGUGGACGCAUGACGACUCCUGCAUCUAUAUGCUGUUCGACUAUGUCUGUGGUGGAGAGCUCUUCUCCUACCUGAGGAAUGCUGGCAGAUUCAGCAACAGUAUCGGAAACUUCUACGCAUCAGAAAUUGUGUCAGCGUUGGAAUACCUCCAUGCUCGAAACAUUGUCUACCGAGAUUUGAAGCCGGAAAACCUACUGCUUGCCAAAGACGGACAUUUGAAAAUAACGGACUUUGGAUUUGCGAAAAAGCUGACCGACAGAACAUGGACCUUAUGUGGUACCCCAGAGUACCUGGCACCAGAAAUCAUUCAGAGCAAAGGACACAAUAAAGCCGUCGACUGGUGGGCCUUGGGCGUGCUCAUUUACGAGAUGUUAGUGGGUUACCCGCCGUUUUACGACGACAACCCGUUCGGCAUUUACGAGAAGAUCCUGAAUGGUCGCGUGGAGUGGCCGCGACACCUGGAUCCCGUGGCUAAGGACAUCAUCAAGAAACUGCUCGUGCAGGAUAGGACCAAGAGGCUGGGCAAUAUGAAGUGCGGUACCGAAGACGUCAAACGGCACAGAUGGUUCAAGCACAUAGACUGGGCUGACGUCUUCAUGAAGAAGCUUCAGCCACCGAUAAUGCCGGCAGUGUCGUACGAAGGUGACACCUCCAACUUCGACGAGUACCCUGAGACAGACUGGAAGUCAGUCCGCUCACUAGACUCCGACGAACUCAAGCUGUUCGCCAACUUUUGAUGGCCCAAUCCUACACCGUCGGUUUAAAUAAGUUAAUAGGUAAAUAUCGCAAAUGCGAGGAGAACAGGUCGCCCAAAUCAUGAAACUACUUAAACAAAGUAUUUUUUCAUAUUAUAUUUAACACUGUAAGUUAAGUGUAGAUAUGUAUUGUUAGUUAUUGAGGCCAAGAGCGCCGUCGUGUUUGCAGAGUCGAUAGGAAACCGUCCGUAUUUGAGUAGUGUGGAGUGAAUUUGUAUUUAAUAUGUAACCUAUUUGAUUGUUUAAUUGUGUUAAGCCCGCGACUGGCUGGAGCCAAGUAGUCUGAAAAUUCUUUCCUACAUAAGCAAAGGAUUAAUUUAAAAUCGAGUACAUUGCACGGGAUACGAAUUUCGGCAAAAAAUCAUUCCGAAGUUGAGUCAUGCGCUACCUACUUUUCAAACCAAAAUUAGGAACAACAAAUAGGUAUGGAUAUAUGAUAUACAUAGUUAACAUUGAAGACACUAUUUUUAUUGUAAUAAUUACUUUUUUCUUCACUGGAUAAUGAGACUCUUGCCAUGGUCAGAGGCCAUCUUUUUCACAAUCUACAGUGUUAUUGGCUUCGGUCAGCCUUAAAUCUUGAGAAAUAUGCGCAUUUUACAAUUACAUUUUGACAAAAUCAUUCAUCAAUUUUAACAGCUUCUUUUGUUCAUCUAAUUUCAUUGCAUUGUAUGAGAUGGAUUGUCAAACAAAAGUUAUUGUAAACGCGAGCGUGGAAUACUUUGUGUGUGCAUUUAUGAAGAAUGAUUGCAGUAUCUAUAACUAAGUUAUUAGUGGGUUUAUAAAAUCAUAAUCAUUAAUGUAACAAUUACAUUUUCACCCUUAGUUUUUGUGUAUGGACCUAAACCUAUGUAUAUGUAAUGUAUAUGCCUCUGUCAGUCUAUGUAGAGACUUAAUUAGGAAAGUGUAAAUAUUUAUUCAUAAGUUAAUGCAUUACAUUUCCAAUGCUUUCUAGUUCAAAUGUUAGAGUUAAGAAGUAAACUAGGUCGCCAUUAAUGGCAAAUAAAUGUUUGUGAUUUUGAAAGUAUGUCAUAGUAUUUCCUUUAACUUAAUCAAUUAGAAAUGUUAAGAAGUAAUUUAAAUAUUUUAGUUCUGUUUUACGAAUACAUUGUUUAAAUAUGAAUCUUGUAGCGCCAUCUAGUGAGUGAGGUUUAAACUAUAAGUCAACAAUAUUUGCUUUGUUCAUGAAUAGGUAGAUCUAGAUCAUAUGUUUAAAUCUGAGACUUAGUUUUUCUCCUAUUUCAUUCAUACGUUGGUUUUGCCACUGAAAGAAGAUCUCACACAAUUUAUAUUAAUAAAGAAAAGCUAAAGCAUAAAAUGUCACUAUUGUAUUAUCUAUUUAUUGUCAUGUUACUGUUACAUACGGGCCAUACAGUAUUUCUGUGAUCUUUUUAGUCUUGACAAAGAUAACUUAUUGACAUUGUUUACUGUAAAACAAUUGUGUCAUAAAAUCAAUGCAGCCAGUAACUAAAGUAAAUUAUGAAUGUGGUGCUAACUCAAACUGACAUUAGGAA